UGAGUCACGUAAAUGCGCUUACGUAAUGACAUCACGAGGGUUUACGUAAUGACAUCACGAGGGUUUACGUAAUGACAUCACGAGGCCCGUGAGGAAGGCGGAAAAAGAGGCAAAAAUAGAAGCAGCGGCGGCGGUAGUUACCGAGAAACGACGAGGGUCGUUUAACGCAACACGUUCACCAAGUGCCGCCGGCUCGUGUUCGGUUAGAGGAGCGGUCGCUGCCGGUUACAUUUAGUGACACAAUGUCGCUAAUUGCGAAGCUUUUCGGCAGCAACAAGAGUGGGAAGGCGCCCACAGCCCAGGAGGCUAUCCAGAAACUCCGGGAAACGGAGGAGAUGCUGGCCAAGAAACAAGACUUCCUGGAGAAGAAGAUCGAGCAGGAGCUCGGAACAGCCAAGAAGCACGGCACGAAAAACAAGCGAGCGGCGCUGCAGGCCUUGAAGAGGAAGAAGCGUUACGAGAAGCAGCUGACUCAGAUCGACGGGACGCUGUCCACCAUCGAGUUCCAGAGGGAGGCUUUGGAGAACGCCAACACCAACACAGAAGUGCUGAAAAACAUGGGCUUUGCUGCCAAAGCAAUGAAGGCCGCACAUGAAAACAUGGACAUCAACAAAGUCGACGAUCUGAUGGCUGACAUCACAGAGCAGCAGGAAAUAGCCCAGGAAAUCUCAGACGUCAUAUCCAGACCAGUCGGCUUUGGAGAAGAGUUCGACGAGGAUGAUCUGCUGGCUGAGCUGGAGGACCUGGAACAGGAAGAGUUGGACAAAAAUCUUUUGGAAAUUGAAGAACCGGGAGAUGUCCCGCUGCCAAGUGUACCGUCAACAUCACUCCCGUCAAAGCCAGCCAAGAAGAAGGCGGAAGAAGACGAGGACGACAUGGCCGACCUGGAGGCCUGGGCAGCUAACUGAGCUAGCUUGCCCUGCUAGUCAGCUGUCUGCCCCUUCCUGUCUGUCUUUUUGCCGCCGUACUGGUUCCACAUUUCUGGAAGAGAGACAGGGACCCUGAGACUGCUGCUGGCUUCCUGCACUGUCUUAAAACCUUUAUCCUUAAAUCUAACUACACUCGAAACCUCCAGCACGCACGUGUUUGCCGACCCAGAUGAAGGAACGUCGGGCUUUCCUCUUCUGUUGAAUGAUACAGAAUAUAUGCGUUUGCUUGCGCAGGGCUCUCUUCUCUUCCUUAAAAUCAGCAAGAAAACACUCAGCGUCCUGUGGUUUCCGUCUGCGUCACAGAAAAGAGCAAGAAUUAGCACUUGGAUGCAUACUGCCAGGCGGGGGUGGGGGGUGGGGGGCAGGAUGGGACUUGUCUCUGGGAGAAUGUGAAGAAUCAACAGAUACGUGCAGAAAAAAAGAAACAGCCAUUUUUAUGCUUCCUAUGUUCAUAUAUCUUUGUUCUAUAAAAAAGACAAAAAACUAUCUGCUAAAUUUGAAAAGCAGCAAAAACAAAUGUAUCAAAAAAUGUAAGACUGUCAAAUUACAAAACAAGGACUUGGUACUAUUGUUAAGUUUUGCAUUGAUAAAAUUAUAA